AUGGCUUCAUCAAUUACACAGAAUGUCAAGGAUUUGGCCAACACCACCAAGGCAGGCCUGACCGAGAACAAGAAGAUAGCAGAUCUCCAGAAGGAUAUCAAAGACGCGCACACUAGUCAGCCCCAAACUACCGAUCAUGGCGUCAAGAUCCAUGAUCUGGACCACUGGUUGAAAAACGUCGACCCAAAGUCUGGUAGGGUCGGCUCUCACUAUCUGGAAGAUCAGAUUGGACGCGAGAGAAUCCAUCGUUUCGACCACGAGCGUAUUCCGGAACGUGUUGUACAUGCGCGUGGUGCAGCUGCUCACGGUCACUUCAAGCUCUAUGAGAGUGCUAGCGAUGUUACUUCUGCCGGUGUUCUCACUGACACGUCUCGCACAACGCCGGUCUUCCUUCGCUUUUCUACCGUCCAAGGAAGCCGAGGCAGUGCAGAUACCGUUCGCGACGUUCGUGGCUUUGCCGUCAAGUUCUAUACGGAUGAGGGCAAUUGGGAUAUUGUCGGCAACGACAUUCCUGUAUUCUUCAUCCAAGAGAGCAUCAAGUUCCCCGACAUCGUUCACGCCGUCAAGCCUGAGCCUCACACAGAGGUCCCACAGGCUCAGUCAGCCCACAGUAACUUCUGGGACUUCGUCUACUUGAACAAAGAGGCCACGCACAUGUAUAACUGGACCAUGUCUGACCGUGGCAUUCCGCGCUCGUACCGUAUGAUGCAAGGCUUUGGUGUUAACACUUUUUCUCUCCUCAAUGACAAAGGCGAACGUCAUUUCGUCAAGUUCAUCUUCACGCCAGAGCUGGGAGUUCACUCCCUCGUGUGGGAUGAAGCGUUAAAGAUUGCUGGCCAAGACCCCGAUUUCCAUCGAAAAGAUCUCUACGAAGCCAUUGACAACGGUGCACCUCCAAAAUGGAAGUUCGGCAUCCAGGUCAUCAAGGAUGCUGACCAAGACAAGUUCCCCUUCGACAUCUUUGAUGCGACCAAGGUCUGGCCCCAAGAAGAUGUUCCCAUUCGUUACAUUGGUGAGCUGGAACUGAACCGCAACGUCGACGAGUACUUUACCGAAACCGAGCAAGUUGCCUUUUGCACGUCACAUAUUGUUCCAGGCAUCGACUUCUCGCCAGACCCGCUGCUGCAAGGCCGGAACUUCUCAUACUUCGAUACGCAACUCUCCCGGCUCGGUAUCAAUUGGCAGGAACUUCCGAUCAACAGACCGGUCUGCCCCUACAUGAAUUUCAACCGUGACGGCCAAGGUCGCCACACCAUCACCAAAGGCUCAGUGAACUACUGGCCCAAUCGCUUCGAUGCCAACCCGCCUGGCAACCACACCGGCGCCAAAGACAGCUUCCAAUCCUUCGCCGCGCCCGAAUCCGGCAUCAAAGCCCGCAUGCUCACCGACAAGUGGACCGACUACCUCUCCCAAGCACAGCUCUUCUACAACUCCCUCUCCCCCAUCGAAAAGCUCCAUCUGACCAACGCCUUCUCAUUUGAGCUCGACCACUGCGAGGACCCCACCGUCUACGAACGCAUGGUCGACCGCCUCACCGAGAUCGACCUCUCACUCGCGCAAGCCGUGGCCGAGAAAUGCGGCGCCCCGACGCCGACGCAGCAGAAAGUCAAGAACCACGGCAAGACGGCCAAGGGCAUGUCUCAACUCGAGUUCGGCCCCUUCUACCCAACCAUCAAGUCGCGCCGCAUCGCCAUCCUCAUCGCCGACGGCUACGACCACGCCAGCUACAGCGCCGUUCACGCCGCCAUCAAGGCGGCCUCCGCCCUACCGUUCACCAUCGCGCCGAAGCGCCAGAAGGUCAAGGCCGCGGACGGCUCGAGCGAGGCGCAGCCGGACCACCACCUCAACGGCAUGCGGUCCACCAUGUUCGACGCCGUGGUCGUGCCGGGCGGUGAGCAGGCCGUCAAGACGCUGUUGGGCAUCGGGCUCGCGCGCUUCUGGGUCCGCGAAGCGUUUGGGCACGACAAGGCCAUUGCGGCACUGGGACAUGGUAUCCAGCUUGUAGAGGCGGCGAUCUCGGAGGCGCAGGGCUAUCAGGUCGCGGACUACAAUGGUAACGGGGAGGCGGUGACGGAGUGGUAUGGCGUGGUGACGGCGGCGAAGCCGAAGCUGAGUGAGGGUGUGGUGGAGAUUGCGCAGGGGACAAAGGGCUUCCUCGAGCAGUUCUUCUGGCUGGUCAAUGGGCAUCGUUGUUGGGAGAGGGAGUUGGACGGCUAUGCUUCUAUGGUUACCGUGUAG